GCAGCCACGAAGAACGAGGCACCUAGGUACUCGCGAAGCACGCAAUAGUCGCGUUCGCGAUUUGCGCAACUUCGCGGUCGCUUCGUCUUCGUCGCUCGAACGUCUGUGGGAGCGCGCGAGCUCGCGGCUGGCUCUCUCGCCCUUUCGUUACUCGAGAGAUGGUAGAGCGCGCGAUUCGGAAAGAUGCGAAACCAACGCGACUAGAAAAAUAAUCGAGACGCGAGAAUCGUUUGGAAAGUCGGUUCCUAAAUACGACGUUCGCAGCUUCUCCGCGGGGUGCUGUCCGCUCGAGGAGAGAAAGGGUGGCAAUCCGCGGAGAGAGAGGGACAAAGUCUCUAAGGGUGCGCGCACGCGUGCGCGUGAAUGCGCACGAGCAUCCAACGAGCCGGGGAUCGCGAGUCGAAGAGGAUCGCCUCCGCGUUUCGCGUGGUGGAAUCGUGUUAGAAUCGCGAUAGAAUCGAUUAUUCGUGCAGUCAGUGAACGGGGAGAAUCGACCAGCCUAGUCUCGACCCGCGAGAUCGAUCGGCGACGCGCGUCGACGCCCGAGAGCUCCGUUCCAGUCCUCGUUCCCCAUUGAUUACGCUAUCGACGCCUACCCUGGCGACCACCGUCGAUUGACGCCGCUUCGACCCAUCGCCUCGACUCGAUCGCGCAGGGGUUCGAGCUACUCGAUUGGGGAAGAUCCCCGGGAGGACAUCUUGGAACUGGCCCCUCCCCGCCUCUCCCUCCUCUACGCUCCCCAUGCGGACGGGGAUGCGCGUUUCGAUCGUGGAAUUGCGUCGAACCGGAGGCUCGAGCGCGUCUCGCCUCGCAAACGCUUCGGGACACGUGGAGGAACGCUGAUCGAUUCCGCGCUGCGAGAGUACUUCUCGCGUACCACCUUCGAUUGCGUAUUGAUCCUCCGAAUUCGGCUCGUAGCGCCGACCGCGCGCGGCCUGGGAAUCUUCUGGAAACCGUUUCGCGGUCGUGGCACGUAACUGGAGUACCGUUCCACCGAAAUCCAGAAAACAGCUUGUUUCGAGAUACGGUAGGUGUGAAACUCGACGAAGCUCGUUAAAACAGAGAUGGAAAAAUCGAGAAAGGUUCUGCGAGGGUUCGUUUCGAGAAGAAAACUAGACGGAGCUGGUAAAAAAGCGAGAUAAAAAAAGCAAGGAAACGAUAGCUGACAGUAUCUCGACGAGAAGUUGGUCGCAACGCAACACGUUUAACCAAGAUCGAAAGAAGAACACUCGAUAAUCGGAUCGAGCCAAGGAAUCGGUCGCGUAGGCUCGCGCAUGGUGGUCGUCGGUCGAGGAUAGGUCUCCGUUGGAGCGCUGGAUAGGAUAGGAGUCGAUGUUUAUGCUCGAAGUAUUGGCGCAUCGAGCAACGUUGGUCACGAGGUAUCGGAAAAUCGAUAGAAGGCUGUACUGACGCCAGAGUGGUGGAGGCGUCGGUGACGGGUGUGUGGUGGUGGUAGCGACGGCGUCGACGGCGCGCACGUAGCGGUCCCUCGCAACACACGAUGACGAAAAUGCCCUCGCUGGUGACUUAGACUCCUCGACGAGGGGUGGCUCCGGACGCGAAGAUUCGCGCGCGCGGACCCGACGAGUCUGGGCUGCGAACGAGGCGACACGGGACAACGAACAAACGAACGACGAUCGAGAUAGUCGGAAAUCGUCUCGACGAUACGCGGUCGCGUUCAGUUCGCAUCGGUUUGACGGAAUAUACGCGUCGGUCUCGCUCUCGAGCAAAGGGGUUAAUAUUUCACGUGGAUCGUCGUAUCGUUGACGGCUGUUCGGAAAGGACCAAGAAUCGCGCAGGUACGGCUGCCGGUGGUAAAACCGCGGUGACGUGGUAAACGGGGGAUGUCGCGGUGUCGGUUUUAACGAAAGACGCGACCAUAGACAGUGAAAAAAACGAAGAGUGCGAGAGGGGGAAAGACACGCGCGAGUGAAACGAACCCGCGGAAGGAAGGAGGAUAACGCGAGUCGCACCUGGACCCGGAGGAAUCGUAGUUAGAGCGUAGCACGCGUCGGAGGGUGUCGCGUACGAACGAGGAACGAGCACGUUGGUGGUAGGGUGGACCAGGUGGUGACGGUGGCAGUAGUGGUGGUGGUGGUGGUGGUGGUCGUGGUGUUGGUGGUGGUGGUGAGGUGGUUGUUGUCGGUGGUAGUGGGCCGUGCGGCAUGUCGACCGAGGGGUAAGGGACAGAGUGAAACGGAACGGAAGGGUCGAAGAAGAGGAACGAAGAACGAGAGAGACGUCCCCCUUCUCUCCGGUCGUCGGCUCUUACUCUUUUCCGCCUGUGGUUUCUCUUUCUCUCCCUGUCUCUCGACACGAACCAACGUAUUCACUCGAGCGCGGUGUGUGCGUUCUCACUCUCUCCGCGUAUGUCAUGGGCGCACGGUGGUCGCCGCCGCUGUGGUACCGGAUCUCUAUGCCGAUCCGACGUGCUGGAUGUGGCGGAGCAAUAGCGACAACAACGUCGUCGUCUGAGUUGACAGGAACGGUAGCACCACCGGAACCGGCGGUGUCCUCGUCCACGAGAGACGUCCUCGGUCGCGAUCACGGUGUUCUGAUUCGUUCGAGGUUGCCGGACACGAGGAGACGGUGGUGGUUCUCCGCGUUCUCGUCUUGGUCGUCGUCGUCGUCGUUGUUGUUUCCCUGGUUGCGGCGCGACGCGCAUCGCGACUGGUUCGCUCAGUGACGAGACCAAACGAUCGACAAUCGACAGUGACAGAAACCAGGUGGGAAGGGAUAAAGGUUAUAGUGUUCGCGAGAUAAACGCGUAUCGUGUUCGGUGCGCGCGUAAUAUAGUGCGUCGAGUCUAGAGAACAAACGGCGACUGGUGCCCGUCGCAGAGGAAUAUCGACGGUAAAAAAGAGUCGCGGACGGAGUGCGCGCGAUCUAGCAAAGAAACGGUGUGUGCACGCGGUGUGUCCGAGCACGGGAGAGCGAGUGCGCGGCCACCCGAACUAGAUGUGCGUAAAUGGAAGGUAUAGGGGACGUAGCCGAUCAUCAAUCGCAUAGCGAGCAAUUACUGGACUCGGUCGAUUCCCCGGCGGCGGUUUCUACGCAUGGCCGGGGAACCGGUGGGGGUGGUUCGAAUGGGAACUGUGCAGGUGGAGGAGGAAGCGGUGGAGGAGGAGGAGGUGGUAGCAACAGCGGUGGUAGAGGAACGGUGGUCGGUGGGGGUAGGCAUCACCAUCAUCACCACCACCACCACCACCAACCCCACCAUCACCAGCAACAACAACAACAACAACAACAACAACACCAUCACCAUUCUCAACAGCAACAGCAUCAAACUCAUCAUCAUCACCACCACCAUCCUCAACAUCAUCAUCAUCAUCAUCAUCAACAGCAGCAGCAACACCAACAUCAACAUCAACAACACCACCAGCACCAACAGCACGAGCUCGGCGUCGACGGAGCGGGUGGAAGAAACCCCGGUGGAAGUGGAAACGGCAGUGGUGGUGGUGGUGGUAACGGAGAGGGUAUGUCAUCCUCCGCCUCGCAAAGUCCCGACAUCGCGUGCGCGAACUUGCCGCUGGAACUACUGGCGGCUGGCGCGCUCGGCGUCAAGGAGGAGCGAGAGCUCACCGCCGCGGAGGAUCUGUCGUCGUCCCAGGAGCCACCGAGUAACAGUAUCGUCGGCGGUGGUAGUAGCGGUGGUGGCGGCGGCGCAGCAGCACGAGCAGCAGCAGCAGCAGCAGCAGCAGCAGUGGCGGCAGCGGCGGAGGUGCCGUCGGUGGCGCCGGUGGUGGCAACGGAAACGGCGGUGGCGGUGGCGGUGGUGGCGGCGGCGGUGGUGGAGGUGGUGGUGGUAGACAGAACGCGAGGGAGUCCCUGUCGGUGA